CAAUGCGAUUGGAUCCGUGAUUGUGUAUUUAAGCUACGAUCGCAAUCGUUAAAUGUCGUUCUUUGGUAAGAGAAAGAAAACGAAGGAGGAGAGCAAACGUACUUGUUAACGUUGUGUUGUAGUUUCUGGUUGUAGGUUAUGUUUCCGUAAAUUUGGCGCCAAGUGGUUAUAUUUUUUUAUGUUUCAAUCUCGUGCCCGAUGUUGUUGUGAAUUAAUCUUCACUUUUAUAACUGAACAAUUACAGAUUUUUAACUUCGAACGCUCCAUGAUACAGUAAUGGUUCGAAGAAAACCCGUGCCGAGGUCGUUUCAGUCACGUUCUGGAGCUGACGAUGCGGCAAAGAAAAACAAAACAGAUGUAUUAGUGAACAGAAGAAAGUCAGGAGUUAAAGCUUUGCAGGAAAUCAGAUAUCUGAGAAAAACCACACACUUUCUCAUACCCAAGUUACCUUUUGCUCGAGUAGUCAGAGAGAUCAUCAUAGAUUUAUUUCCCAGGCAGGAAAUUACCAAGAUACAGGCUUCUGCCCUAGAAGCUUUACAAGAGGCGGCAGAAAUGUAUCUUGUGCAAUUCUUUGAAGAUUCGGUGUUGUUGGCAUUGCACGCAAAACGAGUUACUCUUAUGCGAAACGACAUGAUUUUAAUGCGUAGGUUGAGAGGUCGCAGUGACAUUAUCAACAGAUAAAACUUUCUUUGUUUUAUUUACACGUAUGAAGUGCCUUAAUAGUGUUAAUAUAUUGACGAUCUCGCUGGAUUCGAAAAUAAAGAGAGAUAUUUGUAAAAUAUAUAAAUCUUAGGUUUUCGUCUGUCAUUGCAGGUAAACAUUACAUUUUGUCAUGUUCUCUGUUUGAUUGAAUCGUUAGAUAUCAAAAUUUCAAAGUAAGGAUAUAUAUUUUCAAAACUUAGGAGAUAAAAUCAAAUUUUAUAUACAAAUUAAUUUAAAUCUAUUGAUUAACUAGUUAUGAAAGUAAUUUGUAAAACACUAGUUAUUUUAUAUUUUGUGUAUUCUAUGACGAUAUCCUUUGAUUAACUUUUUGCGGUCUAACUUUUAUCUGCACUUUGUUUCUUAUUAUACAAGUUUGUAAGAUCCAAUAGAAUAUGGGACGUAUCAGUGUGUUUGAGAUACAAAGAAUAUUGUCUCGAAAUAUUAAUUAACAAUAAUACCGCAAAUGGUUAAAUGACGGAUAAUAAUUGUAACCAAGAGAAUUGGACGUAGUUUAUCAAAUUAUAUGCUAAUGUUUUUUGUGAGAAUAAAAUAAAAAUAAACAA